UAAUUUUUUAUCAGCUGAUACAACAAAUCAAAAUAAAAGAAAAAGCGGUUGUAUUGAAAUUCUUUGUUAACUACAUUUUUAAAAGUUAAAAAAAGUAUUUUUUGUGAAAAUGAGUACAACGGACUUGUGGUUCGACGAUUCAUCUCAAUGCGAAUAAUGUAAAUUUUAGGUUUAUGAUCAUACAAUGAAAAUAACUUAUAUAAAUACGAAAAAUCCAGGAGCUACCCAUGAUUCUAUGACUUUCAACAUGUCGCCAUUGAAAGCGCAUUUAGCGGAGCAACAUCUCAAUGACCGUCGCAAUACUUGGCUCCUCGGUGAUGCUGGAUACGCUCUAAAACCAUAUUUAAUGACGGCGUUCAGAAACUCUGAGGAAGGGUCUCCAAAAAGGACAUCCAACAAACAACAUGCUAAAGCGAGAAGUAUCAUUGAGAAAACAAUUGGAGUCUUGAGAAACCGAUUUAGAUGUUUGUUGCAGGCAAGAGGUCUCCACUAUUCUCCAAAAAAAGCAACACAAAUUAUUAAUGUGUGUCCAGCUUUGUACAACAGUUGUCUGCUUUACAAUGUUAAACUUCCGUGAAGAGUUGUCCGUUGAGACCCUCAACGAUGAUGCUGGAGAUUUUGAAGUGGAGUCAAAUAACGGAGAAGCAGAAAACAUAAGAAAUGUAAUUCUUAGAAUAUUAUGGAAAAAACUAA